CCGAAACUAGCUCCAACCACCAGUGUCGGUUCUUCCAUAACUGCCAAUCAAACAAGGACGAAGCAAAACUUCCUCUAUCUUUAUCAACCAUUUUUCUUUGUUUUGUUCUCCUGUACAAUUUUUUGAUUGGCCCUCUGCUUAUAAUGUGGAAAUUGCCUUAUUUCUUUUCCGUGGUUAUGAAAAAAAACGUUCUUUCUUCGUAGUUUAAAGCUAUUGGACAUGGAUGAGAGACUUCUCCAUGAAAGAAAAGAGAACUUGAGGGUGAGAGUAUGGGAGGAAUCAAAGAAGAUAUGGAGGGUUGCAUUUCCUGCCAUGUUAGCUCUAGUAUCGGGCUUUGGAACACUCAAGCGUUCAUCGGACACAUCAGUGAGGUUGAGCUUUGCAGCCUAUGCCCUUAUACUGAUCAUCACUGUCCGAUUCGCAAAUGGAAUAUUGGUCUUGAAUGAAGCAAAAUCAUCUGGAGAAUCGCUUUUUUCGGAAUAAUCUCCAAAGUCACCUACUUCGGCCUCAUCGUUGUCACUCAAUCCUUCCUCGGUCAUGUUGGUGAAGUCGAACUUGCUACCUUCGCCUUCGUCCAGAGCAUUUUCGUUCGCUUCAUCAAUGGAAUUCUCGUUGGCAUGUCAAGUGCCACUGAAACCCUCUGCAGCCAAGCGUUCGGCGCCGGACACUACCACAUGAUGGGAAUCUACUUGCUGAGGUCAUGGAUUGUUAACAGAUUAGUCGCCGCACUGACGAUUCCGUUCUUCAUAUUUGCCACGCCAAUCCUGAGACUAAUCGAUGAGGAGGAAGAGAUAGCGGUGGCGGCAGGGCCGAUCUCGCUCUGGUUCAUACCCUUUCUCUACAAUUUUGUCUUCGGACUGACAAUCCAAAUGUACUUGCAAGCGCAGAUGAAGAACAUGAUCAUUGGCUGGCUCUCCACCGUCUCCUACUUUCUUCAUCUGUUGCUCUCAUGGAUCUUCGUUUAUAAGCUUGACUGGGGGGCCAACGGAGCAAUGGCCGCCUUGAAUAUCUCCUGCUGGUCAAUGGUUAUCGGCGAGUUCAUCUACAUAUUUGGAGGGUGGUGUCCGAAUACAAGGAAUGGGUUCAGCAAAGCUGCGUUCUAUGACAUUCUCCCAGUUGUCAAGCUCUCCAUAUCCUCUGGGUUCAUGGUGUGGUAAUUUACUCCAAAGUUUACGUUUCUUCUUUUCCUUUUUCCGCUUUAAUGGUAAAUUACGA